GAACUAAUACUCGCCAGUCACACUGCUGGACGAGUCUUGGACAAGUGAUCUCUCUUUCCUGCAAAUAAUGAAAUGUCUGGCAGCUUGAUUCGCGACAAGACGGCCGUUGUUCAUAGGCUAUUGCAUCCACGCAACCAAGCCCGAUAGCGUCGAUCAGAGAAGCUCUUGAAAUAUUUCCAAGAUGACGUCCUCGCCAGACAUUCAGAAUCUGGUCAUGGUGAUCAAAACCAUGACAAACGCGCAAAUGAAAGACGCUCUUAGAAGUGAGGGACUUGCUGUUUCAGGAGUGAAAAUAUCACUUCAGUUGCGCCUCAUCGAGUAUAUCGAGAGGUUGCACCAACGUGGCUCACUUGAUCAGUAUGACCGUAUCGCAAGGACUCUCUACACAAUAGCUGGAAUCCAGUGGCCUGGUACUUCAACAACUACAACAACAUAUCCUUCUCAGCCGUCUUACGCCUCCUCGAGGCCCGCAGCGUCCAGAGAUACCUACAGCUCGAAGAUGCCUUCCCGGCCAUUCUCGAGUGGUCCGCUUGUGUUCAAAGAAAGCCCCUUUUACAAAAUACUGGAGCCACUGUCCCCGACGGUGGAAUGCAAAGUUCGAGAAUCGACCAGAGACACCGUCGAACUCAAAUUUACCUUCUCCGCUACCACGGCGCAGAAGCUCCAAGAAGAGCCCAACCUGCGCGUCAUGGUCUUUUGCGCGGCUGAGUCUGGCCUUAAUGGAUUUACUAGAUCUGAUAUCGCCUUUCCUCACCAAGUUGAGUUGAAAGCCAAUUUAGACGAUGUCAAAGCAAAUCUACGGGGUUUGAAGAAUCGACCGGGUUCAACGAGACCUGCUGAUAUCACGAACUACAUUCGAAAGAGGGCGGGGUAUACAAAUUUGGUCGCCAUGACAUACGCGUUGACGCAAAAGAAAUUCUAUAUUGUCGUCAAUCUUGUGAAACGACGCCCUGUGGAAGAAUUAAUAGCAACGCUCAAGUCACGGAACAAGAUCACAAGAGAUCAAGUGCUACGCGAGAUGAGAAGCCGGGCGCAUGAUGCAGACAUUGUCGCCACAUCUACAGUCAUGUCGCUAAAAUGCCCCUUGUCUACCCUUCGCAUCGAGAUUCCUUGCCGAUCAAUAAGCUGUACGCACAAUCAGUGCUUCGAUGCCUCGUCUUUCCUCCAAUUACAAGAGCAAGCUCCCACCUGGACUUGUCCAGUGUGUAACAAAUCGACGAGUUUCGAGUCAUUACAAGUCGACCAGUAUGUAGAGGAGAUAUUACACUCUACAUCCACAGAUGUAGAACAAGUAACCAUCGAACCAAACGGCGCCUGGCACACCGAGCGGAAAGAAGAACCCGCAAAGAACAGCCAAGCGAGUCCCGGUACAGACGACGACUUUGUCGAAAUCACAAAUAUGGUUACACCAAAACUAAAACGGGAAACGACAUCAGAGCCUCGGCCGACUCUACUCUCAACACCGAUGACUAAUACCCAGAACGGAUCAAAAGGGACGACACCCAACCUGCCCAGAUCCAGUCAGAAGCGGCCAGCGCCACAAGUCGUUGAUUUGACACUCAGUGACGACGAGGAGGAGGAUGAAUUACCUAUUCGAUUACCCAAACGUCAGGCUCUAGGUGAAUUUGUCCCCCGUAGCGCUUCUCAGAACUCAUUUACCAAUGGAUACACCCAUGUCGAAGAUUUGAGGUCCUCGACAGGUCAGGAUUCACUUUCUCUUUCACCGGGGCGACAAUCAAACAUCUACUUUGAUCUAUAACAAGUAAAGUAGAGGAAGCCGAGCCUCAAGUCUGAAAAAUUUUUUUUCUUCCUUUUCUUUUGCAUGAACAUUUGUGCGCGAUAUCAUCUUUCGCAUGCGGACGGAGUAAAGAGCGUUAUGGAGUUUUUGUGUCUUUCUUCAAUUCCACCAUCUAGGUAUCUACAAGGCAGGGAUUUCGAGAGUUACACGGACACAGAAUGGAUUUCUUCUUAUUGGGAUUCUGGAGGACAGUUUUACAGAUUUAGCUAA